GAAGAAGGAGCAAGCCUCGCCUACUUAAGCACAACAGCAGCCUUGCUCCAGCUGCGAGCUAGAGCCAUGGCGACCGGAGAGCUCGCUCUCGUGUCCUCGCUGUUCAUCGUCGUCGUGUUCCUCUUGCUUGGUGCGGUGGCGAGAGAGGCUUCUGCGCUCACCCGGCAUGACUUCCCCGAGGGCUUCGUCUUCGGCGCAGGCUCCUCCGCUUUCCAGUAGGUGGAAGGGGCAGCUGCAGAGGAUGGGAGGAAGCCCAGCAUUUGGGACACCUUCAUCAAUCAAGGGUACAUGCCUGACGGCUCCAAUGCAGAUGUCUCAGCAGAUCAGUAUCACCAUUACAAGGAGGAUGUAAAGCUUAUGUAUGACAUGGGGCUGGAUGCGUACAGAUUUUCCAUUGCUUGGCCUCGUCUUAUUCCGGAUGGAAGAGGAGAGAUCAACCCCAAGGGCUUGGAGUACUACAACAAUCUGAUAGACGAAUUGAUAAUGCAUGGAAUACAACCUCAUGUCACCAUCUACCAUUUUGAUCUCCCUCAGGCCCUUCAGGAUGAGUAUGGUGGAAUACUCAGCCCCAGAUUCAUAGAAGAUUACUCGGCUUAUGCCGAGGUGUGCUUCAAGAACUUCGGUGACAGGGUGAAGCACUGGGCCACCUUUAACCAGCCGAACAUCGAGCCCAUCGGCGGCUUCGACGCCGGCGACCGGCCGCCGCGGCGGUGCUCCUACCCCUUCGGCACCAACUGCACCGGCGGCGACUCCUCGACGGAGCCGUACAUCGUGGCUCACCACCUGCUGCUCGCUCAUGCCUCGGCAGUGUCCAUCUACAGACAGAAAUACCAGGCAAUUCAAGGAGGCCAGAUAGGGAUCACUCUCAUGGUUCGGUGGCAUGAGCCAUACACCGACAAAACAGCCGAUGCAGCUGCUGCCAUUAGGAUGAAUGAAUUCCAUAUUGGAUGGUUUUUGCAUCCUUUGGUGCACGGAGACUACCCUCCGGUGAUGAGGAGUCGCGUGGGCGUUCGGUUGCCAUCCAUAACGGCGUCAGAUUCAGAGAAAAUACGCGGAUCGUUCGACUUCAUCGGCAUCAACCAUUACUACGUUAUCUUUGUGCAAUCCAUCGACGCGAAUGAGCAGAAACUACGGGACUACUACAUCGACGCAGGUGUUCAAGGAGAAGACGACACGGAGAACAUUCAGUGUCAUUCUUGGUCUCUUGGCAAGGUGCUGAAUCACCUGAAACUCGAGUAUGGCAACCCCCCGGUCAUGAUCCACGAAAAUGGUUAUUCAGAUUCACCGGAUAUCUUCGGAAAGAUCAACUACAACGAUGACUUCAGAUCGGCGUUCUUGCAGGGCUACCUGGAAGCUCUGUACUUGUCCGUACGGAACGGAUCGAACACGCGGGGAUACUUCGUGUGGUCGAUGUUCGACAUGUUCGAGUUCCUCUACGGCUACCGCUUGCGGUUUGGCCUGUGCGGCGUCGACUUCACCGCCGCGGCGAGGACGAGGUACCUCAAGAACUCGGCGCGAUGGUACUCCGGCUUCCUCCGCGGCGGCGAGCUCCGGCCGGAGAAAUCCUACGCCACACUGUGAUCACUCCAGAGAAAUUCGGAGGCGUACAGUACAGGAAGAUGGCCAACGCUGGCUAAGUUAUUACUACCUCCGUAUUUUAAUGUAUAAAGCCGUUGACUUUUUAUCUAACGUUUGACCAUUCGUCUUAUUCAAAAAAUUUAUGUAAUUAUUAUUUAUUUUAUUAUGACUAGAUUCAUCAUCAAAUGUUCUUAAAGCAUAACAUAAAUAUUUUCAUAUUUACACAAAAAAAAUUUUGAAUAAAAUGAAUGGUCAAUCGUUGUUUAAAAAGUCAACGGCGUCAUACAUUAAAGGCAAAUUUUACUACAGGACACUCGUUAUGUGUGGUUUUAGGCCUAAGACACUGCCCAAACUCACUUUUGAGGGAAAACACUCCAUAAACAUGGUAAUUUGCCAGUGGACACCGUGCCGAUUAAAAUAAUACUUUCCGGUUGGAGAGGAGAGAGAAAUCGCG